AUGAAGAGGAUUCCUGUUGUGGCUGGACACAAUCUCGAUCUGCAUCGGCUUUUCAUCGAGGUCACAACUCGAGGUGGUGUGGAACAGGUGAUCAAGAAUCGUAAAUGCAAAGCAGUGAUUCAAAGUCUUAACGUUUCGACAACAACGACCAAUGCAGCAUAUCUUUUGAAGAAGUACUAUCUGGACAUACUCUUUGCAUUUGAGCAUGUGUAUUUCUUCCAAGAGCCACUUUCUUCAUUCCGGUCAAGAGAAGAAGCCAUGAAUCGCUUCCUUAUUGAGAAAAAAUCUGCAAAUCAUGACAAUGACAAUGACAAUGGCACUCACGAACUGGAAGCUGGCUGCUUGAUCAACGGGAUCAUUGAUGGGAAGUUCGAGGACGGGUAUUUUGUAACCAUGAAGAUGGGCUCACAAGAGUUAAAAGGAGUGCUUUACCACACUCCCGAAACUUCUGCUGAUGCUCGGAGACGCAAGAAGAAAGCAAAAUCACCAUCUGAGAUGGAUUUUGCUCGACCUAAGUCCCAUAGGAGCGGCUAUAACUUCUUCGUUGCCGAUCAGUACCAGAGGAUUAAACAUGAGUACGCGGGACAAGACCGAUAUCCCAUUAAGGAAAUCGGGAACAAGUGGAGCAAUCUCCCUGCAUCUGAUCGAAAGGUCUAUCUAGACAAAGGGUCUGAAGAUGCGGAGAGGUACAAAACAGAGAUGUCGGAGUACUACGCUUUGGUUCAAUCUUGUGCUGCGGAUAUUGUAGCUAAGAUUGAUGAUGCAGCGUCGGCAAACGAUGAUGCAGCGGCGGCAAACGAUGAUGCAGCGGCGGCACAUGAUGAUGCUGCGGCGGCAAACGAUGAGGCGGAACUUUGA